UCCCGGCCCAGGUCCCGGCGCAGGUCCCGGGGCGCGAGUGGCCGGGCCGCGGAGCUGGGGCGCGCGGAAGCCGGCGGGCCGCAUGGAGCCCCGCGGGGCGGACGGCUGCUUCCUGGGCGACGUAGGUUUCUGGGUGGAGCGCACCCCCGUGCAUGAGGCGGCCCAGCGAGGGGAGACCCGGCAGCUGCAGCAGCUGAUCGAGAACGGGGCCUGUGUCAACCAGGUCACCGUGGACUCCAUCACGCCCCUGCACAUGGCCAGCCUGCGGGGCCAGGCCCAGUGUGUGCAGCUGCUGCUGGCUGCCGGGGCUCAGAUGCAGAGCAUCCAUCAGGACGAGCAAGAGAGUAGCCUGCAUCUUCCCCUCCGCCCCCGGCACUGGUUUCUUCCCUCCUGCCAGGUGGAUGCCCGCAACAUUGAUGGCAGCACCCCGCUCUGUGACGCCUGUGCCUCGGGCAGCGUCGAGUGUGUGAAGCUCCUGCUCUCCCACGGGGCCAAGGUCAACCCGCCCCUGUACACGGCAUCCCCGCUGCACGAGGCCUGCAUGAGCGGAAGUUCCGAGUGCGUGAGGCUUCUUAUUGACCUUGGGGCCAACCUGGAAGCUCACGACUGCCACUUCGGGACCCCACUGCACGUUGCCUGUGCCCGGGAGCAUCUGGACUGCGUCAAAGUGCUGCUCAAUGCAGGCGCCAAUGUGAACGCAGCGAAGCUGCACGAGACGGCGCUGCACCACGCGGCCAAGGUGAAGAACGUGGACCUCAUCGAGAUGCUCAUCGAGUUCGGGGGCAACAUCUACGCGCGGGACAACCGGGGGCGGAAGCCGUCCGACUACACGCGGAGCAGCAGCGCCCCCGCCGAGUGCUUCGAGCACUACGAGAAGACACCUCUGACCCUGUCCCAGCUCUGCAGGGUGAGCUUGAGGAGGGCCACUGGCGUCAGAGGGCUGGAGAAAAUCGCCAAGUUGGACAUCCCUCCCCGGCUCAUCGAUUACCUUUCCUACAAUUGAGCUGCAGGCGCGGGAGGCAGGGCAGGCUGGUGACAUCUGGCUGCUGGCCUUCCUGAGCCCAGUGUCGGGCCGCAGGGCUCUCGUCUGGUUUGCCUGAAGCUGUGUCAUCGCCGUGAACACCAUGCCCCGAGUCCCAUCUGGCUGCCCCGCGUCGUCUUCUCUGCAGACUUCAGGAAAAAUGUCUCCGAGGCACUGGGCGGACCCUGGCCAGCCCUCCUGGACUUCAGUCUGACUCCAGUGUCCUCCCGGCCAUGCACUUGUCCCUCUCCACAGACCUUCCGCAGAGGGACUCUCAGGAAAGACUCUCCCUGGAGCCCAGGGUGGGGCUGGGGGUCCAGGGCGCUGCUGCUGAUUCCACUCGCCUGGGAGGCACCAUCUGAUUCCUUCAGCACCAGGCGGUCCAGAGUGUGCAGAGGGAGGAGGCCGUGCUGCAUGGGGUGGUCUGGGUUGGGUGGGUCCUGACCACAUGCCCUGGAUGCAGCGUUGGGGACAGCCAGCCACUUGGAUGCUGUUGUCUGGAGCUGCGGUUGGCCCUUUCCAAGGUCCACCUGUGCCCAAGUAAACCCAUCACUCAGGGAGCUUAUAGGGGAGACUCAGGCUUUUUAUUCCCCACAACAAGCACAGUGUUUCUUGGGAAGUUCUUCUUCAGUUUUAUGUAGGGGGUAUACACGUUUAGGGGCCAUGUGGCCUCUCACACUUAGGUUUGGUUAAUGAGUCUUUAAAGCAGCAGGUAACGUGAAGGCAUCUUGGCACGUCUUCCUGGGGUCAGGAUUUCCAGUAUGAAGCCCUGUUAGGAGACUCUUUAGAGAUUAUUUUUUAUCUGUUUUGACAGUUGUCUAAUGAUUUCUUUCCCUGCUCUAAAUUUUGCACAUUCCUGGAAGCUCUGAAAUUGGCAGAAGAGGUUGCCGGCCCCAGUGGGUACUGUCAACCACGGAGUUAUGCAUUUUUGCAGCCACUCGAGGAGCAUCUGUUAUGCUUAAGGCAUCGUGUCUGUGCUUUGAACUGGGUAGGAAUCAGACUCAUCAUCAAGGCAGGGCAAGAAAAUGUUUCACAAUCUGUAAUUCUCCAUUACAAGCCAUGAGGUAAACGUUACGCAGUAUGUUCAGACGGCAUCAUCUGCUGAAGGUGCUGUAUCGUAGUUUGAAAAAGAAGAAAACAGAAACCAGGGAGUUAGACUAGAGGACUUUGUAUAAACAAUUAAGCUGUAUUUGGUGUCGGGGGAAAUGGACGAGGUACUUGUGGACACUAUUGUGGGUCAUGCCUGAAGCCGGCGUCCCCAGAAACGUGAACUCACCAGAUGCCCCUAGAGGGCAUAGGGAGCAGGAGCCUGGAUGGGCCCGGGUGGUGCCAGUCGUGCUCAUGACCAGAGGUGUCACUUGGCAGAGCUCCUUGGGUGGGGCCCUGAUCUGGUGGAAAGUUCUGUGCUGGUGGCUGUGGGGGUUUUCCAGCUCCGCUGUCCCAGCUGUUGUCACGGUGGUGCUCGGUUGGAUGCUGAGAUAAGAGCCCCUCCUGUUUGGCUGCAGGGGCAGAAACACGUUGUGGGUACAUCCCCGUAUCUGCAUGUGCUAAUAACAAUGGCGGGGAAAACAUGGGGUUCUGCCCUUCCAUUUGUAACAGAAACUUGCCUCUAGCCGUGAGAGCAGCUGACAUUUCCCCAUGUGCGACACUCAGUGCAGAAUCCGGUCCCCACACUCGCUGCUCAAUAAAAGCUGUUGAAGGAAGUCCA